UUCUUUCAUAUACACUGCAUUCACUUUGCUACUACGCCAUUAGCUAUCACAAGACCUAUCCUAUUCCUUAAGCAUUCACCCCGAUAAUGAAACUUUUAAGACUUCUUUGAGCAGAUAUUUUUGAAAACCAUACAUGUCCCAAUCUUUCACUUUGCCCCUCACGACUUGCGAGUGAUUGCAAGUUAGUGAUUCCAUUACGCCAAAAAAGGAUGUGCUCUGUCACCUCCGAUAACUGAAACUCCAUCAUCAACCUGGAGCACGUAUACGUAUCAUCUUGCAAAGCAGAAAGUCCCACAUUUCACAUUCGUCACCCUCAUUUCAUCCGAUCAUCAGUCAUGACUGUUCUCUACUUCUUUUACGGCUCUCUCCAAGAUCCCGCGCAGAUCCGUGGGGUGCUCGACCUGCCUGAAGCCCAUGGCAUCAUCCUACGUCCGGCACGAAUAUCGGGCUACAACAUCAAGCUAUGGGGCCCAUAUCCAGCGCUUAUUCGCGACGAGCCGUCCAGGAAUGAGGACACUACCGACGAACAAUCCAAGGCCUAUGUUGACGGGUCGGUUUUCGAAGUUCGGAGCGACAAACACGAGGCGCAGUUCCAAUAUUACGAAACACGCAACUACACUCCUCACUGGGUCCAGAUUGAGGUCGGGACAGGAGUUGGGGUGCAGAGCGACGAGGCGUACGAGACGAUAGCAGGGAAGACGUUCGUUUGGAACGGAGCAGCAUCGGAUCUCCAGGAUGGCACUUUUGAUUUGCAGGACUUCCUGAGGCAAAAAGCUAGGUGGUUCAAGACUCUGAACGAUGAAGUGGAGGAGGGGGAGAUCAAUUGCAAGCCGGUAGUGAUGGAAAUCAGGGAAAACAUCCACGCGGAUAUACAUAGGGAAACCUUCGAUGAUUGAAGCACACAACCUACCUAGGAUAACGAUCAGGAUGCCAGGCGUGUCUGGAAAGGGUUCUGGUAUCAUAUAGCGAAAAGAUUGCGGAAAGGAGUCCAAGAACCCUUCUAAAAGUUCUUCAAUC